UAACAGCAAAACAGUUUGUUAGCAGAUAUGCGUAGACAUAGUACGCUGUUGACAGAUCAUUUGAGCAUUGGCAGCGAGCGAGUGUUAGUAUAAUACUCAAGAAACCGCUAUCUAAAUUAAUAUUAACAGACAAAGAGUGACCAACAAAAAGAACAGCAAAUGUUAACAAGUUGUUUGAUGUUAAUGCUGAUGUUGCCGUGAUUUCUUCGGACUCUGUCCAAUUUGCUCAUAUUGUUGAAGACUGUGUCAAGUGUUCGGUUCGUGAUUAUUAUAGUGGCGUAUUUUCCGUUUUUUUUUUUUGUAAUUUGUUUUUUGUUUUGUCGUUGUUAUUGUCGCCUGCCGGUCACACAUACAUAAAUAAACGCAUACGUAGUUUCGUACGUAGUUUCCAUAUAUUGUGAUUGUGAUCGCGAGCAAAGGAGAGAGCGAGAUGCACUAACAGCGGUUGUGAUAAAAACGUUGCUUUAGUGUUGUGUAUUUUUUGGUUUUGUUCUUGUUCUUCGUGCGCGCAAGUGGAUAUGAAUCAUUCGGCGACUACAACUACAAUUACAAAUACAAUGCGAGUGCGAGUGCGAGGAGUGUGAGCGCAAAUCAUAAAUAAAUAAACUGUCCAGUCAAGCAAAAGUUAAACGAAACGAUAAACGAAGCAGGAACAGUCAACAAUCGACUCUCUCACAAACACACACACAGACACUCACACACACAUUAUGUGCUCGCGUCGCGUCGUCAAUUAAAUACUACGCGUACUUUGUUGUUGUUUUCAAAAUGCGCAAAGGCAACAAAAAGCAGCAGCAGAGGAACAACAAGAACAACAACAACGAGAACAACAGCAACAAAUGUGGCCAACAUCGAGUUCGUCGAGUGCAGCACUUUAAGAGCAAAUAAUUCACAUUCGUUUUACUACAUACAUACAUAGUAUAUUUUUUUUUGCUGUGACUCUGUGUGUGUGUGAAUAAUUUGGUGUUAAAUGUAGGCCAAACAACGACAAACGACGAAAAGACGGAGCAACAAUAACAACAAUAACAAUUCGCAUAAUUGCAUAGAAAUUUACUGCGGCUGUCCAAAGACGACAAAAGCGAAAGGCCCUUGGAGAUGGAUCGGGCGGGAAUGCAGGCACGUCCCGUGCCGGCUCCGCGUCGCCUUUACCCGGAGAUACGGGCAGCCGACUAUGAGAAUAUCGAGAUCAAUGUGAACAGCAGCAGCAGCAGCGCAAAUACUGCCAGUAGCACCAAUCAAAUCAAUCACAGUCACAGCAACAACAGCAACAACAACAAUAAUAUAAACAACAACAGUGCGUGCAAAAAGUUAAACAUCGAUGUGGAGAAUAUGCACGCAAGUUGCGCUGAAAAGAAACUGCCAGCUUAUAGUCACAACAAACUGAUACUCCAGGAGCUGAACGUGGAGCAGCCGAUCUAUGGACCCGAUGCCAAUGAGAAUGUGCCCACAGAGUCGCUUUAUGCAACGCCCAAGCCAGCGCCCAGGCAGCGAGCAAGAGCGGAACUGUUGCUCGAGAAGGAGGAAGACGAAGAGCGAGAGCGAGAAGCGGAAGCUGUGAAAGCAGCAGAAGAGCAACCUGGAACAUUGCCAAAGAAGGCAUUGCGUGCUGCGCCUCAAGUGCCAACGAAGCAGCAACAACUCGAACUCGAACGUCGUCGUCCCGAUCGCUGCUCCAUCUCGAGUGAGUUCUCCACAACGAGCAUUGGAGGCAACGGGCAGCCGGAGGAUGAUUCCCGUUACGCAUCGAAUGCAUCGCUCGAUUGCAGCGAGAGCGGCUCACAGAGCGGCAAAUUCAAGUCGCCGUCACCCGGGUACGUAGACGUUGAGGGUGAGCACAAGGAUGUUCAGCGGGAGCCCCAAACUGAAACAGAUAUUGAAAGUCAAACACAAAAUGAAUCCGAAACCGAUACAGAAACUGAAACUGAAACUGAAUCUGACAUCGAAAUCGAAACAGAGGCCGAGGCGGAUGGCGCCGCCUCGUCCGAUCUGUCGGAGAUUUCUGCGAGCUGUGACGAUCCCAAGAACCUGCUGCGUUCGCUGGGCAACACAUCGAAGCUACUCGGCGAGGCGAUUGGCGAGCGCGUUGCCUUCAAGGCGAAGGGCGCCAAGAAGCGCAUCGACAAGAAUCUAAAGAGCUCCACGGAGGCGAUCAGCAAUCUCGGCACCGAUCUGCGAAACGCUGCUGGCAAACGUUUCGGUUCGAAUUUCUCACUGGGCAGACGCGACAAGGCGACUGCUGCAGGCGGUGCUCCGGCAACCGGAACGUCGUUGGAUAGCCAAGCGGAGGCGGAGCUGGAACGACGUCGCACGAUGCCCAACACGGAUGUGUUUAGUGCAAUACAGUUCAAUAGUCCGCUGCAUCGCAAUGCGAACGGCGGCGGCCAAACGGAUCUCAGCGAGCAGCCCGCCGACGAGCUGACCUACGAGGUGCCGCCAAUGCAGUCGAAGCUGAAGCCCGCCAAGGCUGCCAAGCCGCCCAGCUACGAUGAGGCAUUGCGGUCGCGACCCACGCCGCCGGUGCCCGCGGUGGCCGCCAAGCAUUUGGCUCUGGAGGCAGCACAAAAGGUGCAGCUGCGUAGCCAGCAGCAGUCGAGCAGCGGCGAUUCGACAGGCGAGGAGUUGCCGAUGCCAGCGUUUCCGGCGCCGCGUCUCUCGCAGCAUUUGGACGCACUGCAGCCACCGACACGCCACAAGCGUCGCAAGAACUACGAGAACAUACAGUUGCGUCGUCCGCCCGUCGAUUCCGCCGAACUGCAUGAACUGAAUCGCGUUGCAGCCGACGCAGAACGCAAGGAAUCGCUGCUCCUCAAUGCGAACAUUGCGGCCGAAGAGGCGCGUGCUCCGAAGCCAGAGCGCAGCGACUCGUGGCAAUUCUACGACGAGGCCGCAGUGAAUCCUGGCGAGGCGGAAGAGGAGGACGUGGACUGCGAUUCGUGCUCGUCCCCAGAGCCGUUGUAUGCCAAUCAGGAGGCCACCUACGGCAAGCUCUUUGAGAUGGCCACCAGCAGCAACAGUCGCAACAAGCUGCUGACACCGCAGCCGGAACUCGCGUGCAUCAGCGAGGAUGGCGAGCUGGAUAGCAACGAUGGCGCAGUUGGUGGCUGGUCGGGAGCGGGAGUCGGAGCUGGAACGCAUGCAGAGCUGAUCGAAGAGUUUGAUCCGCUGAUGAGCAAAUCAUCGACGCUGGCGCGUUCGAACAAAAGCAACGAGCUGCUGCUGCUCGAGCAUCUGCUCGAAGAGGACACUUAUGGCACCAUCAAGCGGGAGCAGGACGAUGUCAGCAUGUGCACCUCCGAGGAGGAUGCGCGCAACAAUGAUGCCACAACACCAACAACGCCAACAAGAACAACAGCUGCUAUUCGGAUUCCCCCCGAUGCAGUCGAGGCACGCGCCAAACCCUUCCUCUGUCGCCUCGACGAAAAAGUCAGCGCAUCCGCCGUGGUCGUGGAUUUGUCGGCGCCAUCGCGUAAUCGCACCAAUUGGUUUGUGGGCGACAAGGCGAACACACACAUCGAGGGCGACAGUCCGCCCACGUAUCUGGAGGCCAUUGGCGGCGACGGUCAACCACUGGCCACAUCAUCAUCAUCAGCAGCAGUCGGAGCAUCAACAUCAGCCGCAGCAGCAGCGACAACCACAUCGCCAACAGCUGCAGCUGGCGGUGAAACACGCUCCACGCUCGGUUCACGUUUCAGGCAAACGAUGAACGCCUUCUCGAAUGUCAAACUGCGCAUGGAUGCGAUGAAGCGCCGUGCCAGCUUCAAGGGCGCCGCCCAACGGCAGUCGGAUGUCAAGGUGGCACUCCAGAUGGUGCCACGUCCAUGUUUGUCGCCUCUGCUGGUGCGCUACGAGGGACCGCUGGUGCGUUUUCCCUCGGGCGUUGUCGAGGACAUACUCAAGGAGAUGCAGAAUCGCAAGGCCAUUCUGCGUGAUCGUCAGUUUCAGACGUUCCUUGAUCAGGAGAUGAAGACGCCCAAGGAACUGAUACCGCUCGACACGAUCACGACGCUGCAGUGCGUCAGCAACAGUCGCGUCACGGACAGUGCCACGCAUUUCUAUUGCUUCGAGGUGACCACGUCGCAGCCGAAGAAUGGCAACGCCACCUCCGAUAAUAUGUCCUCCAAUCCGAAUCUGUUGAUGACCAGCAAUGCCUGCGGCAAUGUGAAGCAACAGCGUGUCGCCCAUCUCUACGGUGUGGGCAAGGAGUCCGAGCGCGGUGUCUGGAUGCAAAAGAUCCUCGAGAGUCUCACGAACAGCGUGCCCGUGAAAUAUACCUGCCACUAUUAUCGCGCCGGCUGGUGCUACCUUAAGAAUUCCAUCACCUCAGAGUGGAGCGGCACUUGGCUGGUGCUGCGCAAGAGUCAGCGACGUCUCAUCUUUGUCAGCGAGGCCAACGGCAAUGUCGAGAAAAUGGAUCUGCGCAAAGCGCGUUGCAUAGUGCUGAAGGAGAGCGACGAUUCCAUUGACAAUCUGCACGUGGAGAGCGGCCCGUUGCUGAUGAUCGACUGUCCGCCGUACUCGGUGUACAUGAUCAUGAGCUCGGCGAGGGAGACAAAGAUUUGGCGACACAUCAUUCGCGAGGUGGCCCACAACAAUGGCUUCUCACUGGGCGAUCAGCAGCUGACACGCUACGAUGUGCCCGUCAUCGUGGACAAGUGCAUCAAUUUCGUGUACAUUCACGGCUCCAUGUCGGAGGGCAUUUAUCGCAAGUCCGGAUCGGAGAAUUCGAUGCACAAACUGAUGAGCGCCUUUCGUGCGGAUGCCUUCAAUGUGGAGAUCACGCGCAACGAAUACAAUGAGCACGAUGUGGCCAAUGUCCUCAAGCGUUUCAUGCGCGAUCUGCCCGAACGUUUGCUGGGCAAACUAACCGACAGCUUUGUGUUUGUCACCGAACUCGCUGUGGCCUCCGAGAAGAUACCCAUCUACAGAGAGCUGCUCGGACGGCUGAGCACCAUUGAGCACGAGACGUUGCGACGCAUCGUUGGCCACUUGGUGUUCAUCAGUUCGCAGCAGGCGAAGAACAAGAUGAGCAUACAGAAUCUAACCAUGAUCUGGGGUCCCACACUACUGGCGAAGAAGUGUGACGAACUCAUUUACUCACAGAAGGAGGCCGAUGUGCUCACCGAUCUGAUUGUACUCUAUAAGAAUCUAUUUCCCUGCAGCGCCGAUGAAAUGAAAAAGGAGCAAGCCAUGCUGAUGUGCCUGCAAAAAUACUAUGCAGCCGCUGAGACACUCAAAGAUGCUGUGAAACAGUCUGGUGAUAUUAAGAUCUGGAUCAGUCUAAAUCCCAAUCCGGAUAAUACAACAGAGGAGAAGACACAAGUGAAUGCGACAAUCUCACCGACCAAGACCGCCUAUGAGUUGUGUCGCGAGUAUUCGGAGAAGAUGCGAUUGCCCACACAUCAGCUGACACUGUACGAGGUGAUCUUGAAUGAUAGUCUCGAGCGGCCGCUGCAUCACGAUGCCAAAGUGUUUGAUGUCAUAUUGAACUGGUCGUAUUGGCCCGAAGAGGAUCGCAAGCACAAUUAUCUUGUGGUUCGGCCCAUCGAUAUGCUGCGCGAGGUCCAGCGGGCUGUGAAGAAUCUGGCGACAGUGACGCCUGGCAAGGAGCUGCGCUUCGCUGACUAUCGCACCAAGUCCUUUAAGACGCUGCAGUGUGAGCUGCGCGAUGGCAAAAUUGUUGUCUCCAAGAAGGAUAAGAACGACAAGACAACGAUAAUACGUGAAAUAUUCCUGCAGAGCUCGACCGCGUAUUUGGGCUGUGAACGCAAGCGUGACUUCCCCUGGAGCUGGGCCAUCACAUUUGUGGAACGCACUCAGGCGCAAAUUAUGAGAUCGCGUGAUGCUCCGUACAUUGGUCAUGUGCUGGCGGGCAGUGAAUGGGUCGAUCGCACCAUCUGGUAUUCAAGCAUUUGGUAUUGUCUACAUGGGGAUAAUAUAUUGCCGCCAGCGGAGAUCAUCAUCAAGUGAGAGAGAACAAUUUUCCAAGAUUAUUCUACCCUUAAUUUUAAUUUAUUCAUACUGGUCCUUUCUAAUUAUUAUUAUUAUUUAAAAACAUUUUUUCUUAUGUUUUUUUGUUUAGCUUAAUUGGCAAUAUUAAUUAGUUUCUUUUUUUAGUGCGAUAAAUUGUAGAUACUAUUGAAUAAUAUACUCUAAACUUGAAUUGAUCGAUCCGAAGUUAAAGUUUCCAUAACGAUCGUGAUAAAGCAAAUGAAAAUGUGUGUUUAGCAUUUGUGCAAUACAAAAAAGUAAUUUCCAUCUAUCAAAAUAAUAUAAUUUAGCAAAUUAUAUCAUUCUUUUAUAAUAUCCCCAGCACAUCGAAUUAAGUUCAACGCUUUUUGUUCACACUUAAAUCUUUCAAAGCCUCACAAACUUAUCCACAUAUGAAUACUUUUCGUAUUCAGGUACUUAUCAAUGAAUAUCCGACAAGAAACAUUAUUCCAAUUUCCUUAUAUCAUCAGUUUUUUGGAGUAUUCUUUUCAACGUUGUGCAUUUAACAACAUUUAUUUUAAAGCUAUGCCAUCUGUCUUCAAUGUAGCUAGUUCCUCCGAGGCAUCUUCGACAUAUUGUGUGUAUGUUUUGUUCGUUUGUGUAAAUGUAUUAGUAUGACUGAACAUGUGUGUGUGUGUGUAGCUAAGGAAAAUUGAAUUUCACAUCCAUCUUUUCACUAUUGCAAACUUAAUUAUAUUUGUAUUUUUUCCAAUUUAUAACUAAAUAUUUCGAUAUCCAUAUUUAUGUAUUUUUAUAUGAUUGCAUUUUAAAUUUAAUAAUAGUAAACAUUCUAAUUAAGCGAAAAAUGGAGAAAAACAAAGAUGAAAAUAUAAACACAAGAUAUAUUUUGUAUUUUUUAAUGCCAUUAUAUAUUAAUUUCCAUGA